AGAGUGACGAUCGUCGGACGCGCGCUCUGCGUUGUGCUGGUCGAAAUGGAUUUCCACUGGAUCUUUCUGCACGGGAUUAUCGCCUUUGGGAUUUAGGACUGCAGCUGGAGUUGGAGUAUGAUUCACAGACAGCUCGUUCUGUCCCAGUAACUCCUGACCUUCUCCUCAGGAUUUGAUGUGCUUUGAGUCGGUGAAUCAUAAUGCUGCUACACCUGUGUAGUGUGAAGAACCUGUACCAGAGCAGGUUUCUGGGCCUGGCGGCCAUGGCCUCGCCGUCACGGAGCUCUCAGAACCGGCGCCGGUGUAAGGAUGGGCCGCGGUUCGGCUUCGCUCACCCCAACGAAGCGCUGGCUCUGCCACGGUCCACGAGCGACACGGAUCUGGUGUCCUUGCAGAGCCGCUCCACCCUGACAGUCAGCACCUCCCUCUACUGCAUCGGCCAAUCAGAGGACAUCGUCAUCUGCUGGGACGUCAGAGAGGAAGUGGACGCUGGCGACUGGAUCGGCAUGUACCUUAUUGAUGAGGUUCUGUCAGAAAACUUUCUGGACUACAAGAGUCGUGGGGUGAGCGGCUCCCACAAAGGCCAGAUCGUGUGGAGAAUCGAUGCCAGCUUGUACUUUAUGGAGGCUGAGACGAAGGUUUGCUUCAAAUAUUAUCAUGGUUCGAGUGGAGCGCUCAGAGCUACUACACCCAGUGUGACAGUGAGGAACCCCUCAUCCUCUGCUCUGAAGCCGGUCAUCAGUCCGGAUCCUCAGACUCUGGGCAGCAGGAGGUUGAUCAGCUUCUCUCUGUCAGAUGUUCAGGCAGUAGGUCUGAAGAAAGGAAUGUUCUUUAAUCCCGACCCAUAUUUGAAAAUCUCCAUCCAGCCUGGAAAGCACAGCAUCUUCCCUGCGCUGCCUCACCACGGGCAGGAGAAGAGGUCCGGCAUCAUCUGCAACACGGUCAGCCCCGUCUGGAAGAGAGAGCAAUUUAACUUUGUGUCCCUGCCGACGGACGUUUUGGAGAUUGAGGUAAAAGAUAAAUUUGCCAAGAGCAGACCCAUCAUCAAACGCUUCCUGGGAAAGUUGGUCGUUCCUGUUCAGAGGCUGCUGGAGAAGCAUGCUAUCGGGGACCGUGUGGUGAGUUACACUUUAGGCCGACGGCUUCCAACAGAUCAUGUCAGCGGUCAGCUGCAGUUUCGUUUUGAGAUAACCUCAUCGAUUCAUCCAGAUGAUGAGGAAGUGUCCCUCAAUGCAAUUCCAGUCUUUGAUGUAGUACCUGACCAGCAGGCUGAGCUGGAGCCCAACGACGACCAACCACCAGCUUCUGAUCUGCCUAUGGAGGAUGCGUUGAGUUUGGGACCUGACAUCCUGGAGCCACCUGCCGAAUGUCCUCCAGACGUAGAGACCCAAGAUGCUGUGCUGCUCACCUCUAUAGCUGAUCCCCAACCAGAAGCAGAAGGAUCAGUCGAUGAGCUUGUAACAGCUCAAGGAGAGACACUAUUGAGUGACGCCACUCAAGGAGAAACUGUGGAGCAAGACCCUGGAAAAAUAGAGUCCGGGGAGGAAACUGUGGCUGAGACUCCUUUGGAGGUACUGGAGAACCAUGAUCCUGAAGACACAGGUGGAGGAGAUGAAAUGGGACCACCUGGAGAGCAUGUAGAUGUUGAGGGAGACACAAGCUCAGAGCAUGUUGACAUGAGGGUAGAAGGAGAUGGGAACGAGGAAGAACCCUGUUCCCCAAGGAUGCGGGGUGCCUUGAAGCGCAAGAGCCGACCCUGUUCGCUUCCCGUGUCCGAAUUAGAGACAGUCAUCGCCUCAGCCUGUGAAGAACCUGAGACACCACGGUCUCACUACAUCCGCAUUCAUCAUUUGCUGCACAGCUUGCCGUCAGCUCAGUGCCACCAUGACAGCCAAGAUGAAGACGAGGUUCUUGACCCAGAAUCCUCAGAGGAAAUCACUGUCAAACCCCAAGAGGACAAAGAGGAUGAAGAUGAGGUGUCUGAAGCUCAGUCUCCAUCCAUCGUGCCUGAGUGUCCUAGACCUUGUUGCAGGCGUACCCUACCACGUAGCCUCUCCAUCGAGCGCUUGUCUGAACUCAACCAUCUUCUGGAAGGUGAAAGACCCUCACCUCACACCCUCCGGCCGGACAGCGAGGACGGGGAAGUGGGUGGUGGAGGUGGAAGCAGAAGGGAACCUCGAGUCAGUGAGUGCGAACUGUGCGACAACUCCUGCUACAGCACUUCGUGUUACAGCACGUCCUGUUACAGCACUUCCUGUUACAGUAACUCAGGUUACGAGGGGCGUAACCACCUCUGCAGCCAUACGCGCCUCUCUUCAGUUGACAGCACACGUCUGUCGGAGAGCACUGUUUUCUCCUCGCAGGAGGAAGAGGAGGAGGAGAACAGUGCUUUUGAAUCAGUCUCGGACUCAAUGCAGAGUCCAGAUAUAAGGGAGCCAGGAGACGGGUCGGUUCAGUGGAGGGAGUCGUCGUCAGAGGAAAGUCCCCAGAGGGAAGGGGCGGUGGAGGUGUCACCAGUAGCUGGGCCCAGUGUUAGGCCAUCAGGCAGUUGUCAUUUGCAAUGCAGUCAUCACGCAUUCACUCAGCUUCCUGCUUUGCGGUCUGAUCCCCACCAUUACCCAAGUGUUGAUGAACCAUUACCACCAAACUGGGAAGCCCGGAUCGACAGUCACGGCCGUGUUUUCUACGUGGAUCAUGUGAACCGCACCACCACGUGGCAGAGGCCGAGUCACGCCGCCAAGCGCUCAGGCAUCCCGAGAUCCGGCUCCACGCACCAGAUGGAGCAGCUCAACAGGAGGUAUCAGAACAUCCAGAGGACGAUGGCCACGGAAGACGAACCGGCCGGUCGCGGGCCUGAGAGGAGCGCCGGAGGAGACACAGAGAGUGAAUCCACACCGCAAGCUGCAGAUCAGAGGAGAGAAGGCUGUUCGUCUCCUGUGAAUAACCAGAACGUCACGCUGCUGCUCCAGUGUCCCGCCGUGAAGUUCGUCACACACCCAGAGUUCUUCACCGUCCUCCAUGCAAACUACGGUGCAUAUAGGAUGUUUACUAACAGCACCUGCCUGAAGCACAUGAUUCUGAAAAUACGGCGAGACGCACGCAACUUUGAGCGAUAUCAGCACAACCGCGACCUCGUCACUUUCCUCAACAAAUUCGCUGAUACUCAUCUGGAGCUCCCGAGAGGCUGGGAGAUCAAGACCGAUCCGCAGGGAAAGUCAUUCUUCGUGGACCACAACAGUCGGGCAACGACCUUCAUUGACCCCAGGAUUCCCCUUCAGAACGGACGACUGCCCAGCCACCUCACACACAGACAACACUUACAGAGACUGCGCAGCUACAGUGCCGGAGAGGCGUCAGACGUGUCCCGCAGCAGAGGAGCGUCUCUGGUGGGCAGAGCUGGACAUGGUGUAGUAUCUGCCGUCAGGAGCCAAAACCAGCCGGAUUCAGUGCCUCUUGCUUACAAUGACAAGAUUGUGGCUUUCCUCCGCCAGCCAAACAUACUAGACAUGCUGCAGGAACGCCAGCCCAGUCUCGCCAGAAAUCACACACUCAGGGAGAAGAUCCAUUACAUCAGGACUGAAGGUCCUCAAGGUGUUGAAAAGCUGUCUUGUGACGCUGACCUGGUCAUGCUGUUGAGUCUAUUUGAUGAGGAGAUCAUGUCGUAUAUUCCAUCUCACUCCUUCCACCCCGGCCUCAGCUUCUCUCCACGCUGCUCUCCUGGAUCCUCGCCUCAGAGUUCACCUGGCUUGCAGAGGGCCAGAGCGCCUGCUCCAUACCGCAGAGACUUUGAGGCAAAACUUCGCAAUUUUUACAGGAAGCUGGAGGCUAAAGGCUAUGGCCAGGGGCCAGGAAAAAUAAAGCUCAUCGUCCGAAGGGAACACUUACUGGAAGGCACCUUUAAUCAAGUAAUGGCCUACUCACGUAAAGAGCUCCAGAGAAACAAGCUCUACAUCACCUUUGUAGGAGAGGAAGGUUUGGACUACAGCGGCCCAUCGCGGGAAUUCUUUUUCCUGUUGUCUCAGGAGCUGUUUAACCCAUACUACGGUCUGUUUGAGUACUCAGCCAAUGACACGUAUAUGGUGCAGAUCAGCCCCAUGUCUGCAUUUGUAGAGAACCAUUUGGAAUGGUUUCGUUUCAGUGGUCGUAUUUUGGGUCUGGCUCUGAUCCACCAGUAUCUGUUGGAUGCUUUCUUCACCCGGCCGUUCUACAAGGCCCUGCUCAGACUAGUGACAGAUUUGAGCGAUUUGGAAUACCUGGAUGAGGAGUUCCACCAAAGCUUACAAUGGAUGAAGGACAACGAUAUCACUGACAUCCUGGAUCUAACAUUUACAGUCAACGAGGAGGUCUUUGGACAGGUGACAGAGAGGGAACUGAAGUCGGGGGGCUCCAACAUCCAAGUGACAGAAAAGAACAAGAAGGAAUACAUUGAGCGUAUGGCUAGAUGGAGGGUGGAGAGGGGGGUUAUGCAGCAGACAGAAGCCCUUGUAAGAGGUUUCUAUGAGGUUGUAGACUCCCGUCUGGUUUCAGUGUUCGAUGCCCGUGAGCUGGAGCUGGUCAUUGCAGGGACGGCCGAGAUCGAUUUGAAUGACUGGAGAUCAAACACGGAAUAUAGAGGAGGUUACCAUGAUGGGCACAUUGUGAUGCGUUGGUUCUGGGCCGCGGUGGAGCACUUCAAUAAUGAACAGAGGUUGCGUCUGCUGCAGUUCGUGACGGGCACCUCCAGCGUCCCCUACGAGGGUUUCGCAGUACUGCGUGGGAGCAACGGCCUGCGGCGCUUCUGCAUUGAAAAGUGGGGAAAGGUUACCUCUCUGCCGAGGGCUCACACAUGCUUCAACCGCCUGGAUUUGCCUCCCUAUCCGUCGUACACUAUGCUGUAUGAGAAGCUUCUAACAGCUGUGGAGGAGACCAGCACCUUUGGUCUGGAGUGAAGGCGUGAGAUUUGUUUUGUUUUUUUAUUACUGUAAAUACAUUUUCAAUAACUCAAUCCACGAGAGACUUUUUAGAGAUUUUUAAACUAAAUAUAUCUGGGAAUUUUGCUUCACAUGACUUGAAAUAGCAUGCUUCUGCUCUAAAACACAACAUAUGUAGUACUUUUCUUUAUUUGCGGGAGUUUGGGGUCAAAAGUAACAUAUGCAAUGGUGAAAACCAGCUCCAGCCUGUUGUAUUCAACUGACUGACUCGAUCCUCCUCAUCAUUCUGUUGGUUAGGCAUCAGUACAUCUGCUUUCUGAUUGGUGAACUGGGAUUUUCAGUGCCUGGCUGUGUUUGAAAGAUAUUGCUUAUGAUAUAGUGUACUACAUGCUGCCAGUAUUUUAUUAAGAUACUGUAGUAUGCGAAACAUUACACAAUAUGCAAAAUAUAAACACUUCAAAGUGCAGUAAUGUAUGCAAUGUUGUUGUUACAUCAUCACGCUGCAUGUUUAAUAAUUUAGCAUGUGUUAUCAUAUCAGAAAUAGUUAUUUUGAAUUUUUUAAUGUGUGAAAAUGAAAACUUUUUGUCAAGUUCAGGACUGGCACAUUGCAUUAUGGGAUACAACACUCCACACAGUGUGCUCUAGAUACAUAUGUGCAUUGCGGCGAAUGUAAAACAUCAUCGGGGUAUUGUAUGUAUGCGUACAGAUAUGCACGUUAUAGAUGCUGCAUAAAUAGUACGGUAGCGUGCUAUUCCAAACACAGCCACUGAUCAACACUUUCAUGCUCAUAUCGUCGGCCGAACUCCAAACCACAGCAUAUUAUAAUAUAAUUCCUAAACUGUUUUUGAACACAAACACUGCAUAUAGUAUGCCUGCUUUAAUCACAUUGAUGAUGUCUUUAAAAAUAUUCUGUUUUGGAGUAGAAAUGGUCAAACUCAAGUCUGAGCGCUCAAGCAGGACGCACACGUGGAAGCUCACCCGACAGUGAUGUAAGCGACUUAAUUGUGUAACUAAAUUAGUGACACGAACGCUAAGCUAAUCAGAACGUUCUGUCUGCAGGGUCUGUGUGGACACAUUAGAAAUAACUCUCUAAUUGUUUAAAUAACUCUUCUUAAAACCAAAUCCUUUUUUUUAGGGAUCAGGGAUGAGCUUCAUAUAAUAAUGACACUGGAUUCAUCCACUAUAUUUCUCUGAAAUUCUUUAUUUUGUUGUAAAGUUUAUCAAAUUUAUUAAGACCCUUGCAGGUUUAUCUUUAUUAAUGAAACAAAAAUCUUCUUAAUGAUGUAUAAUAUAAUUUAUUGAUGAGUCAUGCAAACAUGAGCUGGUUUGUCCCUCAUAAUUCUUACUGUAAAACUAAAUGCAAACAGACUUUGAGUCAAAUUUAUAAAAUUACUGAUUUAAUAAGAACCAGAUGACCAGAUUUUAUAUGUAUGCAGUAUCUUAAGUAGUGCUUUUAUGUGUUUUUAUUUGCAUUUUUGUUGGACGUCCAUUUAACGCAUGCAGGCUCUUAUAAAAGUGUGUAUCAUUGCAUUUACUGUCAUGAACUAUGAAACCGUUCCCCAGGGAUCUAUUAAAUGUGUUCCCGAUGGAUCUUAACUUCUUUUGGAAGUGUAUUAAACACAUACUAUCUUGUUUUACUUCUUGACAGAGAUUGUGAAAUGACUAUCUGACCUUUUGCUGUUGUACAAUGCUCAGCUGAUGAUGUUAUAAUGAUGUAUUUUUAUCAUUUUUAUUUGUUGGCAGUUUUGUAUUUUAUAUUCUUUUUGUAUUUGAGUUCAGUGAGAUUGCAUAUGAAAACCCUUUACUUGCAAUGAAAGUUGUUUAAAUUGUUAAUGAAAAUAAAUAUGUAAAUAUAAAUAUUUAUGAAUACUAAUUACUGUAUAUCAGCCUAAUUUCCUGAUGUCAAUUUGUUCGACAUGAACAGACUUUGCUUUUGCCCCGAACUGUACAUAAAUGUCAAUAAACAAUCACUUUGUAGUA